GCGGGGGGCGGAGCUCGGCGGAGACGGGAAAGGGGUCGCCUCUCCGGCUCCUCAAGUUGGGGGCGCGCUCAGGCGUUGCUAAGCGGACCUCGAGUCUCCAGGGCGGGUGGCCGCGGUCUCCGGGGGACACGGUCGGCUGCGGUCAGAGGCAACAUGAGUGCCGCGGGACUGCUGGCUCCGGCUCCGGCGCCUGCUGGAGCGCCGCCGGCCCCGGAGUACUACCCUGAGGAGGACGAAGAGCUGGAGAGCGCCGAUGACGACGAGCGCAGCUGUCGGGGCCGGGAGUCGGACGAAGAUACGGAGGAUGCCAGUGAAACUGACCUGGCAAAGCAUGAUGAAGAAGACUAUGUGGAAAUGAAGGAACAGAUGUAUCAGGACAAACUGGCUUCUCUCAAGAGGCAGUUGCAACAACUACAGGAAGGUACAUUACAAGAAUAUCAGAAGAGAAUGAAAAAACUAGAUCAGCAGUACAAAGAGAGGAUACGAAAUGCAGAACUCUUCCUCCAGCUGGAAACUGAACAAGUAGAAAGAAAUUACAUUAAAGAAAAGAAGGCAGCAGUGAAAGAAUUUGAAGACAAGAAGGUUGAGCUGAAAGAGAACCUGAUUGCUGAGCUGGAAGAAAAGAAGAAAAUGAUUGAAAAUGAAAAGUUAACAAUGGAACUGACUGGAGAUUCUAUGGAAGUGAAACCCAUCAUGACCAGAAAGUUGCGAAGGCGACCAAAUGAUCCUGUCCCCAUCCCAGACAAGAGGAGGAAACCUGCUCCUGCCCAGCUAAACUAUUUGUUAACAGAUGAACAGAUCAUGGAGGAUCUGAGAACGUUAAAUAAGCUUAAGUCACCCAAGAGACCAGCAUCCCCAUCCUCUCCUGAACACUUGCCUGCCACACCUGCAGAGUCUCCAUCCCAGAGAUUUGAAGCACGGAUAGAAGAUGGCAAACUGUACUAUGAUAAAAGAUGGUACCACAAGAGCCAAGCCAUCUAUUUGGAGUCAAAGGAUAACCAGAAGCUAAGCUGUGUGAUCAGCUCUGUUGGAGCCAAUGAGAUCUGGGUUCGGAAGACAAGUGACAGCACUAAGAUGAGGAUCUACUUGGGCCAGCUUCAGCGUGGGCUCUUUGUGAUCCGCCGGCGGUCAGCGGCUUGACUAUCUACAGUGUUCUUCCCUUGAUCCUUUUUCUGGAGUGGUUUUUAUUUUUGUCUUGUUUCAUUUUCUUCUUAAUAGAAAAUUUUUAACUUACUGGGAAUAGCUGCUUGGCCUUGGAAAUGGACAACAGUGUUGUGGAUUCUGCAAGGCACUUCUGUGGCUGGCCACAUCCAUCCUUGUGUCACUCUUUCCUGCCUUGACCUCUUCCAGACGUCAGUCACCAUGGGACUUUUUUACUUUCAGUACAGUUGGGGGUUUGAUUUACUUUCCUUUUAUUUCUUUAUUUUUUCCUUAUACUUGGUCUUUUUUUAAACCUCCUUUAAGUUUGAAGGUACAGCUCUUUUUAUUUAUGUUUAGGUCUUUCUACCAUGAAGAAGAACAGGAAGGAAUAUAACUCUGCAGUGCAUUUUCAUGUUUUGAAUCUGAUUUUAGUGGAUCAUGUAGCCACUUUACUUGUCAAGCCCGAUUCACUGUUUCCCCAGAAGCUGGGGACAGAGGUCCUGGCAGAAGGAGAUUAAUUCUCUUGGCUUUCAGCUUUCUUGAAGAAAUAAAUGUCUUGUGUAACAUCUGGCACAUGCCAUCCAUUCCACUGGCUGAAUGACAGAAAAAUUUGCCUGGGAAACUGCACUGAAGUAAAUGGGUUUGUGGAGAGGGGUGGACUUUUCAUAUUCAUAAUGUGCUGAAGUUGCCAUAUUUAAAUGUUAGUUAAUGCAGGUCAUUUAUUCAAACACAUUUGUCCAGCUCAAGCUGGAACAAGAAGUGGUCAUUUCAGAAGUUUUCGUUUAUAAUUCCUUUCUCUCCCCUGUUCUUAAAUAGAUAGAAGUAGUACAUGCUGCAGCCUGAUUUGUCUGGGUAAUCUCUUGUAGGUGGGGAGUGAGUUUGAUUGUGCAGUAAUAAGUGAUCUAUAGACUCUCAAACAUAAAUCAAAUUUCACUCUUGUUGCUCUUGCCAUCAUUGCACAUGGGCCAUUCCAAACCUAUUAGAACCUUGGUGUCAGGCUCUGGGCACUCACAGCCUCUCAGGAGAUCUGGCCCAGGUUGAAGACAAAGAAAGCUCUGCUGUUGCUGCCACUAAACCCACACUCUUCCUGAUGAGUCCUGAUGAAACCUCCUUGCCUACAUGCAAUGCUCCUUGCCCUCAUUCCCAUGAUUGGAGAGAUGAUUCAUUGGGUGAUGGGGUUUACUAUACUCUAGUUGCCAUGUUGACAUGUUUAAAGAAUUUGGGGGUAGAGCAACUGUUAGCAUUUCUGUGGGCAACCAGUAGACCUUCACAUCCUAGAAAAUCUUCUAAGGAAUUCCCUUGGUCUCAAGUGAUUCUCUUCAUGUUGUCUCUUGAUGUACCUUCCCCAAAGCAAGUUGGCUGUGACGACAAAUAAAUCACCUCCUCCUAAAUUCUGCCUUCUAUAGAGACCAAACCUUACUGACUCAGAGUAGACACUUGUACAGAUAUAUUUUAUUUUAAUUUAUAAUUCAUUUUUUCUCAUUUUUUUUUUCUUCUGGUGUUGGAGAAAACAGGAUAAAUGAUGCUGUUUAUCAAAAGUUGCCUGGGCGCUCUGUGUUUCUUCUCUGCCCUCUAACACCCCAUUGUUAUGAUGUUUACUAUAAUGAACCAAGUCCACGGUAAACAGAGGCUUCACCUUUUCUUUGUUCUUGGUAGCUCUUGCUUGAAUUGUCACUGUGAUGUGUAUAACAUCGCAUGUCAGGUAGCCCUUGGUUAUCAUCUAGUGCCCUGUGAUGGAAACUUAUUUAGGUAUAUAUUUAAUACGUUUUGUCAUUGAAGGUUUUUUGUUUUUUUUAAAAAUUAUCUUUUUUGUCCUUAUAAACAGUAUACCAAAGUUUGUUUUUAUUAGAAAGGAUCAUACUGAUAACCACUGGAGCUGGUGCAUUGAAGCAGCAACACGUUGCCUUUUUUUCUUGCCUUUUCUGAUGGCACCUUUGUGCUUUUGUGAAGUAACUAUUUGAACACCAGGGUAUUGGCGCUUUUGCCUUCUCUCUCCUAUAACUUUUGAGGGUGUUUGAGGCUGUGCUUAGAUACGAUCUCAACACCCCCACUCCCUCCACUGCCUUCUCCUCCUCAGUGUCCUCAUCACCCCUAAUUAUGACCUAGUGAAAAUGUGGGCACAUGUGAAGUAGACUUGAGACACAGCAUAGUAAACUCUGUUCCUAAUCUCAGAUGGUUUAAUUUUUUAUUCAGUCACCCCAGAGGUGAAAAAUCAAGAGUUGAGCUAUUCUGACAGGCCUUGGUGACCAGGGGAAGUAGAAGCCCUUUUCUUAGUAGAUGGAGGCACUUCUGUGGUGGUCAGAAGCUUAACUAAGAGGGGAAAACAGACUUUGAGAUUCCCGAAAUAAGAGGAGGCUGGCUUUUAGCCUAGGUGGCCAUUCUUAUUCCGAAAGGUCUUUGUCUCUCAGUAGACCCCAGGGCAUCAGGUGAAUUCUUAAAUUCAAACUAUUUCCUGCAAGUGAUACUUUGAAAAAGGUUGGUCAAGAGAGCUCUGAUCAAGAACUUGUACUUGUGUUUUGUUAGAGGUGUCUGCCUCAAGUAUUUAUAUAUAGUGUUUGCUAUGGAUGUGUCCCAGUAUUUAUUUUACCUCUGCUUGAGGGUAUCUGAGUGCCCCCUCCUUCUUUUCCGAGUUAGUGUCCUCUUGAACAAUUUCCAGAUAGAUUUCUGUAGCCAUACCAAAGCCAGGAUAUUUUCAUUCAUUUGGAUACUGGUAUUUACAGAUCUCUAACUACCUAACUUAAUUUUUCUUUUUAAACUUCUAACUGGGGCCAGUGUAAGAUCCCCGAGGCUGAUCUGCAAAUCAAGCUACAUGAAUUUGUGUAUUGAGACCCUGUGUUCAGGAUUGGGUGGCUUUUCUAAGAGAAAUAUGUGGGAUGGGGCAGGGUUGAUUGCAUUUUUCUAACCUAACCUUUGGCUGGGGGCUGGGAUGGAUCCUAUUUUUUACAGUAUUUUUAGUUUAGUUUUUUUUUUUUUUUUUUAACAUUUCCUUUUAGCCUUGAAUUUUUACUGAAUAAUUUCCUUCUGGUUUGAAAAUUUUGUUUCUCAUCUGGGAAUUUGAAAUCUCAUUACUUAAUGUUACACCAAUUUUUUCAAAGAGUUCAAACCAUUUUAAUAACUGAACAUGAUAAAUUUGCAGCCAUUUCAAGCAGUUGGUGGUCUUUUUAUAUACAACAUCAUUAACUGGUACCUUUAAAUGUC